AUACGGCUAUCGUUUUGGCUGGUAAGCAGCUCAUGCUCCCUGUCUUACUAUGUAUGCCAAGGGCAGCCAAUCAUCCAGCUGAGCCGCUGAUGGAGCAGAGGAGAGGGUAAUAUUUACUAUUGCUCCAUGAACGGUCUCAUGUCUCAUCAAAAGUGGCAACUGCCUUGCCAGAUCGGCAGUUCGCGACAAGCAACGGCUGUGCUCUCCAGCAAGAUGGUUAAGUGGCCUCGGCGACUACAUGCAAGGUGGUACUGUAGCAGCGAGGGCCAGUCUCCGUCGGUCUCUUGGCGGCUCCAUCCGAGCCUGGCAGGGCGAUGCCGAUACAAUACAGCCUUGUUGCUGGUUUAUGCGUCCUAUUCGUCUCUUACCAUGGCUGAUGGCUCCCGCAAUUGCUUCAACGUUCCAGACAUAUCGACCCCCCCAGGCCAUGGCAACCUACGCAAUAUUCAACACUGGCCAGUCGUUUAUGAUUGUGACCCCAAGCUGUCGUGCGACUCGUCUCCUGUUUGCCAAUUGCUUUGCGUGCUAUUACUCCAUCGUGGCGCCAACGGUGUCUCAGGUCAUCUCAUCGUCGUGAACCCUCGUCUCGCUGGCACCCGCCCACGACCCGCGUAUUCUGUCCCUCUCUCUACUGUCAAAUAAUUCACCGUCGUUGUAUGGUCAUGUCAUGUAUCACUGCCGAGACCCAGAAGCAACAUUCAUGUCCGCAACGUGAACCGUAACACAAGGGUCGAUAAUGGGGGCCGUUGUAUUGGCGCGGAAUACUACUAUUGAGAUAUGUCGUUGGUUUGCAUUUCUGCGACGCCGACUGGGCUCUAGAUCCAGCCGGGCUAAAAGUCCUUUGAGCUCUGAAUUUCUGAAUUCAAGUUAGUGACUGUACUUGUUAACCAGGGCGCUACACAAUG